AUGUGUAUAUCAACUUCUACAAAUUACAGAGAAGCAUUAACGAGCGGUGGUUAUAAAAGUGGGUUGGGCUGGUUAGAACAGUGGGCUGGAUCACAGGAAUUAGUGAAAACUUGCAGAAACUGCCUAAAAUCUCCAGAUAUAUUCCAGAAACUGCUCAGAAUCUCCAGAUCUGUUCACAUUUUCGAUUCAGAUGGUGGUGACGGUGGUGGAGAUGGUGGAGGUGAAGGUGGAGAUGGGGGAAGGAUGAUUGUAGCGGAGAGAAAUAAUGGAGGUGGAGAUGGAGGUGAUGGUUAUGGAGGGGGCGGGCAGCAUAGAGGUGGUGAUGGUUAUGGAGGAGGCGACGACGGAGGUGGUGGUAGUGGCGGAUGUAGACGUGGGUUGGUGAAGAUGGAGGUGGGGUUGGUGAAGUGGAGGUGGAGAUGA